CUUCCAUCUGUCAUUUCUCUGUGUAGUUCGUUGUGCUCGCUGUUCGUCACCCCCGUGGUUUAUUGGUAUGGAAGUCUCUUCUGUUGGAGCUUUCUGAAAUACCGGUUCUUAUCAGAGAUCAACCAAGGUCUGAGCUGGUUUCACAAGCAGAACAGUGCAACUGGAAAGGGUUUUGACCCACCUCAUCAAAGCGAUACACGAACUAUUUAUAUAGCAAAUCGUUUUCCCCAGCAUGGCCAUUAUAUUCCUCAGAAGUUUGCAGACAACAGAAUCAUAUCAUCCAAGUAUACAGUGUGGAAUUUUGUUCCAAAAAACUUAUUUGAACAGUUCAGAAGAAUAGCCAACUUCUAUUUUCUGAUAAUAUUUUUGGUUCAGCUCAUGAUAGAUACCCCUACCAGUCCUAUUACGAGUGGAUUGCCAUUGUUCUUUGUCAUAACUGUGACAGCCAUAAAGCAGGGUUAUGAAGACUGGCUACGACAUAAAGCAGACAAUGAAGUAAACGGUGCUCCAGUUUAUGUUGUUCGAAGUGGUGGCCUUGUAAAAACUAGAUCUAAAAACAUUCGGGUGGGAGACAUUGUCAGAGUAGCCAAAGAUGAGACUUUUCCUGUUGAUCUGGUGCUUUUAUCUUCUGAUCGAGUAGACGGUUCAUGCCAUGUUACUACUGCAAGUUUGGAUGGCGAAACUAAUCUUAAGACACAUGUGGCAGUCCCGGAAACAGCAGUGCUACAGUCUGUUGCCAACCUGGACAAACUUGUAGCUGUCAUAGAAUGUCAGCAGCCAGAGGCAGAUCUAUACAGAUUUGUUGGAAGAAUAACUAUAAGCCAACAGAUGGAGGAAAUAGUACGACCUCUGGGGCCUGAAAGUCUCUUACUUCGUGGAGCAAGAUUAAAAAACACUAAAGAAAUAUUUGGUGUUGCAGUGUAUACAGGUAUGGAGACAAAGAUGGCAUUAAAUUACAAGAGUAAAUCUCAGAAACGGUCAGCAGUAGAAAAGUCUAUGAAUUCCUUUUUGAUUAUUUAUCUAAUAAUCCUCCUCUUUGAAGCCAUUUUGAGUACUAUUUUAAAGUAUGCCUGGCAAGCUGAAGAAAAAUGGGAUGAACCUUGGUAUAAUGAUAAAACAGAACAUGAAAGGAACAGCAGUAAGAUUCUGAGAUUUAUUUCAGAUUUCCUUGCUUUUCUGGUACUUUACAAUUUUAUUAUACCCAUUUCACUUUAUGUAACUGUUGAGAUGCAGAAGUUUCUUGGAUCUUUUUUCAUUGGCUGGGAUCUUGACCUCUAUCAUGAAGAGACAAAUCAGAGAGCGCAAGUAAAUACUUCAGACCUCAAUGAGGAACUUGGACAGGUAGAGUAUGUGUUUACAGACAAAACCGGUACAUUAACUGAAAAUGAGAUGCAGUUUCGGGAGUGCUCCAUUAAUGGCAUAAAGUACCAGGAGGUCAAUGGUAAACUGACUCCAGAGGGGUUUUCUGAAGAUUCUCCAGAUGGAAAUAGGCAUACUUUGAUGAAAGAGGAAGAACUCUUCUUGAAAGCAGUUUGUCUUUGUCAUACAGUACAGAUCAGUGCAGAUCAAACAGAUGGUGCCGAUGGGCCCUGGCAUGCCAAUGGAAUAGCAUCACCAUUGGAGUAUUAUGCUUCUUCACCAGAUGAGAAAGCUUUAGUUGAAGCUGCAAGCCGGGUUGGAGUAGUAUUUAUGGGAACUAGUGGGGACAGUAUGGAAGUAAAAAGUCUUGGAAAACCAGAAAGGUACAAGUUGCUUCAUGUUUUGGAGUUUGAUCCAAAUCGCAGACGAAUGAGUGUCAUUGUAGAGAGUCCCUCAGGGGAAAAGCUUUUAUUCACCAAAGGAGCAGAAUCUUCCAUUCUUCCUCGUAGUAAGAGUGGAGAAAUAGACAAAACAAGGAUACACGUUGAUGAAUUUGCUUUGAAAGGACUACGAACUUUGUGCGUGGCGUACAGAAGGUUCACACCGGAGGAAUACCAAGAAAUUGGCAAACGCCUUCAUGAGGCCAGGACUGCCUUACAGCAACGGGAAGAAAAAUUAGCAGAUGUAUUCAACUUCAUAGAAAGGGAUCUGGAACUGCUUGGGGCUACUGGAGUAGAAGACAAACUGCAGGAGAAAGUCCAAGAAACUAUAGAAGCACUCAGAUUGGCUGGUAUUAAAGUGUGGGUUCUGACUGGAGAUAAGCAUGAAACGGCUGUUAGUGUCAGUUUAUCAUGUGGACACUUUCAUAGAACUAUGAACAUCCUUGAACUUGUACAGCACAAAUCAGACAGUACAUGCGCAGAGCAACUGAGGCAGCUAGCCAAGAGAAUAAAAGAAGACCAUGUUAUCCAGCAUGGACUGGUAGUGGAUGGGACCAGCCUCUCUCUUGCACUCAGGGAACAUGAAAAACUGUUCAUGGAAGUUUGUAAAAACUGUUCUGCAGUGUUGUGUUGUCGUAUGGCACCGCUUCAGAAAGCAAAGGUAGUGAGACUGUUAAAAACAUCUCCAGAAAAACCUAUAACAUUAGCAAUUGGUGAUGGUGCUAAUGAUGUGAGCAUGAUACAAGAAGCACAUGUUGGCAUAGGAAUCAUGGGCAAGGAAGGAAGACAAGCUGUAAGAAAUAGUGACUAUGCAAUAGCACGAUUUAAAUUCCUCUCCAAGUUGCUUUUUGUUCACGGGCACUUUUACUAUAUUAGAAUAGCAACCCUUGUACAGUACUUUUUUUAUAAGAAUGUGUGCUUUAUUACACCACAAUUUUUAUAUCAGUUCUUCUGUUUGUUUUCACAACAGACCCUCUAUGACAGUGUAUACCUGACUUUGUAUAAUAUUUGUUUCACUUCCUUGCCUGUCCUCAUCUACAGUCUUUUUGAACAGCAUGUGCAUCCGCAUGUAUUGCAGAGUAAACCUGUGCUCUAUCGAGACAUCAGUAAAAAUGCUCAUCUUGGGUAUAAACCAUUUCUUUACUGGACCAUCUUGGGCUUCUUGCAUGCAUUCGUUUUCUUUUAUGGUUCGUAUCUUCUAAUGGGAGAAGACACUUCAUUGCUGGGAAAUGGCCAGAUGUUUGGAAACUGGACAUUUGGUACUUUAGUCUUCACCGUUAUGGUUAUAACCGUUACGAUGAAGAUGGCGCUAGAAACUCACUUCUGGACAUGGAUAAACCAUUUUGUUACUUGGGGUUCCAUUGUGUUUUAUUUCAUAUUCUCCUUGUUUUAUGGGGGAAUUAUCUGGCCAUUUUUACAUACCCAGGAUAUGUACUUUGUAUUUGUUCAACUGUUGUCAAGUGGUUCUGCUUGGUUUGCCAUAAUACUCAUAGUAGUUGCUUGUCUGUUUCUUGAUGUUGUGAAGAAAGUGCUGUACAGGCAUCUACAACCAACAAGUACUGAAAAAGCUCAGUUUACUGAGACAGGUUCAAGUAUCAACUGCAUGGACUCCAUGUGCUGCUUCUCAGAUGGGGAAACAGCAUGCACAUCUGUUAGAAGAAUGCUGGAACGACUAAUGGGAAGAUGUAGUCCAACCCGGGUCAACAGAUCAUGGAGUUCAUCGGAUCCCUUCUAUGCCAACGACAGAAGCAUCUUGACUCUCUCCACAAUGGACUCACCCACUUGUUAACAGGGACAUUUGUAAAUACCCUGUGGAAGCCAAGUGGUGCUCACGUACCUAUAGUAGGUUCAGAAGCGAGUUCAGUGCUACAUCCCUGCCCUAGACAGGACUAGUGUGACUUAAAGGCAAACUGGCUGUCCUGUAGCCAAGCAUAGCGGUCAUCUGGACUGUAUUUGCUUCCAGUAUUUUUUCUAAUGAUAUCCACAAGUUGCUAAGUAAAUUUUUUUUAGUAAGAAAUGCUUUUUCCUCUCACCAUUAAAUCUUUUUUUGUUACUGUAUGAGCAGAUUGGAACCUUGUAUUUGAUAUUUGAGAUGCUGGUAUAGCACAGUGCAAAAUCUUUCUCCCAACUCCAAGUGAUCAGAUAGAAUUUGCACAAUGAAACAUAAGUGGAACGUAAUGAAAUUAGAUUGCCCUUUACUGCACACACACUCGGUUUGAACUGUCUUUUACAGCAGAUCAGUCUUAUUGUUUCCAUGGACGGUUUCUAAAGUGUUUAAAUACUCAGAAAUUUUUUAGAGAUAAAUACAAUUCAGAUAUUUAUGCUGGUGUAUGAAUGGCCAUUUUAUUAGUCAUCACUUUGAGAAAGAAACAGCCUACAUCGGUCAUUUGGAGUCAUGAGGAUUUAACAGGUCACUGAUUUCCUGAAGUGUGAUUCAAAGCCAGUCAUCUUCUCUAACAGCUGUUUCGUUAACCAUUCAUAAACCUGAAGUGGAAAAAUGGGUAAGAAACAGUGGCUCGUGCAGGUAUCUCACUAGCAUAAAUUUUUGAAUGAGGAAUCCUUUUAAUGUUGGUGAAUCUUUGCAUGUUUUAUUCUUUUUCAUGUAUUUAUAUUUGGCCGCGUUGUACGUUGAAGAUGCGAUUAAUGCUUAAUUAUCUUCAUAUAUCUGAAGGGUCUGAGACAUUGGUGGCAAUGUUUUGAUACCUAAGUAUGUCAAUAAAAACAAAUUGCACCAAUGCAGCUUUGAAUGGUACACGAUGCAUCUUGCAGGUACUUUUUUUUCCCUCUGAUCAGUUUAAAUAAAUGUGUCUUCAUGUUUGGGGAAGGGUAACAACAUUUGCCUCUGUUCUGCCAUGUUGGCCAGAGCUAUUAAGGGGUCUUUCUUUAGACGUGAGAGCUAAAUGGAGGUUAGAGCUUUGUCUUAGGUAGUCCUCAGGUGCAGGCCAGGAAAAAUGCUGCUGUGUUUGGACACCUGUUUGGCAAUCCAGUUUGAAGUCAGUCUCUGAAGUCCCAUCACUAUUAAAAGAAUCUUCCUGCCAGUCAGCAGAAGGUAAAAAGCAACGUAUUUAAAUUCUCAGUGAAAGAAACUAAAUCAGACUGUAAAUAGCUCCUGUAAAUAGAACCUGUAAGAACUUGUUAACUGGAGAUGCAGUUAAGCCUGAGAUUUGUACAAAACCAGCGUUAGCUGCUUUCAGCACACCUGCAGGGGUUUCCCCUAUUGGCCCAAGUAGGUUACUUGUCUUAGCAGUUUCUCAUUCUGAGACAGUCUUCCAACUGCCACCAAUAUCUAAGACGUUUUUAAAAACUCUAACAGAUAUCUGCUGUUUUGUCAUAUCUUUUGUGUGUAAGCCACCAUGUUUCACUGUUCAGAAGUAUGUGUUUGUCCAUGUCACCCACAGCACCCAGGCAGAGCGUGUGACUGUUGGGCCUCAUUAGCCAGCUCAUCUGCGUGUCUAGCUGGUGCACCACGUGUGGAAAUAGGCACUGUGCUUAACUCUUUAGGAAUGUCAGAGGGUUUGAUAACCCUGCUCCAAGCAUUUAGAUUGGGUCAGGCUCUGUACAGAAAUGUUUGUUGGCUUUUACCAUGCAAAUAUGUUGAUUAUACGCACAGAAGAUGCACAGUCCUGUACUUGAAGAAUAAUUUACAUUCAUUAUAUAUGUUUCUUUAAAACCUUCCAUCUCCUCUUGUCCCUCUUCCCCUGCUUUCCCUUUUCCCAGUGUUUGUAAGGUUACCGAAGAAACACGCAUUUAAACAGUUCAGGAAGAACUUAAGAAUCCAUCUGUCUGCCAAGGUAUAUUUUUCUAUUUGCAGUACAAGUUAAACCUGUAAUUUAUCAUUUAAUGAGUGUAGAAUUGGUCUGCAUGUGACCAGAUUUUUGGUCUGGCAAACACUUAGGACCACAUGUUUUUGUAAAUAUGCCACAGAUGAUUGAGAAUUGCUUUUGCUCAAGGAAGAAAGCUUUUGUGUAUGUCUCUGACAGUUAAAGCGUAAGAAACAUUCAUUGUGCACUGAGUUUACUGUAAAAGUUAGUCAGUCUUCACAAAGAUGACUGCACAAAAUACGGCUUACUCCAUUUAACAAAGAGUUCAGCUCUCUGAGUUAAUGGUGAGGGAGGAAGGAAAUAAAUAUGAUAGAGCUAUGCCUCAGCCUUGAAACCCAUAACAUGUGGCAGGAAAGCAGCAGUCUGUUAAAGCAAAUUACCAGACUUAGGCUUUUUAACCUUGCAGUAGAAAAGAUGGAGUGGGAAUAUGUUCCCAUUUGUUCACAAACUAGAAUGUGUAUAGAUUAUGCUUACAAUAUUCUGUGUAUUUUUUAAGGCUAUGGAGGAGGGAAUUAAAAAAAAAAAAA